GAGAGAGGGAGAGAAAGAGUCGGCUUCCUAGAGAGAGUGAGAGAGGAGAUGAGUGGCAGAAGAUAAGACCAACGAAAAUACCCAAUUAAGAAAAUCAGUGAAAGUGAAAGAAAACGAGUGAAAGUAUUGUUAUUGUUACGCAUUUAUGUGGUAGAAGAGAGAAACCUCAUCAUUUGAAGUAAUGUCUGCUUCGCCAAAAUUGUAGCUCAGUCUAUGGAGGCCAAAGAAUCUCCCUUUUGAGGAUUUGGACUGAUUCUUUUUAUUGAUUGGCUGCUCCUGUUAAGAUUAAUUUUAAAUCAGGGGCCUUGUCCGGGGGAGUUGUUUACCUUUUUGUCAGUUAAUGAUGAAGUGCUUCAUUGGCAAAAUAUGCUUAAAGGUUAGUGGCUUGAUCAAGUUCAGACUGUGCACUUACACCUCAUUGGUUUGAAGAUUACCAAAGGUGCCUCUGCAGCUAUCAUACUGUUUCCAUAUCUGUCUUCAGAGAGGUCAUCUUUAAAUCAUCUUAUGGUGCUAAUUAACCUUCUCCGCACGUGGAAAUUGUAUUUUGGUAUGUACUGGAUGGGUUGUUUCUGUAUGCAUUUCAUAUAAGGUUUGUGGCAUUGGGUUUAAUAUUUGUUAUAUCAAGUUAAAUGGAGAAGGAUCCUUUCCGUAUCACGAUGGAACAGUCAAGAGUACAGAACCAGUUUCAAUGCCAUACCGUGGUACCAGGAAAUGAGGAAUUGUUGUCCGUGUCUCGGGAAGUUAUGAGAGAUCCUACAAGCAGCAUCAGUACAAAUACAAGGCCUCCUGAGCAACAUAAACCAGGAGUGCAGCCUGUACACAAUUAUUCUAUACAGACUGGAGAGGAAUUCGCUCUUGAAUUUAUGCGUGAUCGAUUUAAUCUGAGGAAGCCUUUCACUCCGAAUACUAUUAGUGAUCCCACUUAUGCAACAGGUUAUUUGGAACUGAAAGGUAUUUUAGGCAUCAGUCAUACAGGAUCUGAAAGUGGGUCGGAUAUUUCAAUGGUCAACAUGGUAGAGAAAGGUGCAAAAGAAUUCGAGAGAAGGAACUCCUCUUUACAUGAUGACAGAAGCAACCAUGGCCCAGUUUUAUUGGUACCACGAACUUCAUCAGGUUAUGAAUAUCCCUCCUCUGGAGCGUCUGAGAGUUCAACUACAAAGAUGAAGGUUCUUUGUAGUUUUGGCGGUAAAAUUCUACCCCGUCUGAAUGAUCGAAAACUGAGGUAUGUUGGAGGUGAAACGCACAUUAUUCGUCUAAGAAAGGACAUUUCUUGGCAGGAGCUUAAGCAGAAAACUUUAGCCAUUUAUAUCGAAGCUCAUGUGAUAAAAUAUCAACUUCCUGGGGAGGAUCUUGAUGCCUUGGUCUCUGUAUCAUGUGAUGAAGACCUGCAGAAUAUGUUGGAGGAAUGGAAUGAACUCGGAGAUAGAGAAGGUUCACAAAAGCUUAGGAUGUUUCUUUUCUCCAUGAGUGAUCUCGAAGAUAAUCAGUUUGGACUGGGCAGUAGUGGGGCCGACUCUGACAUCCAGUAUGUUGUUGCUGUCAAUGGGAUGGACCUGGGGUCUAGGACAGGCUCGACUCUGCAUGGUUUGGCUAGUGCUUCAGAAAACAAUUUGAACGAGUUAGACAGAAGGAAGGUUGAGAGGGAGACAAGUGGAGUUACGUCAGGCUUGUUUGGGCUUAGCAUUUUACCUAUGACCGGUGUUGCUGUUUCAUCAACUAUUCAGUCUUCUGAACCAAUUCUCUCAAGUGACCCCAUUGCCAGUGAAAUCUUUCCUCACUUGCAUGAUGGCAGAGAUAUACGUGAAACAGAAAUCAGACAGUAUCCGUUGCACUUCCACCAUGAUUCUUAUAAUUACUCUCACUUUGGAGAAAUUCCUGCAUCAGUACCUCUUCAUGGGCUAAUGAAUCGACAGAUUGGAUUGAAUGAAGCACAACCUUAUGGUAUCUUUCCUAUACAGACACCACAGGUCUUAGCAGAAGAAGUGAAACCAUCUGAUGUUUCUUUUCAGGGAGAAAUUCACCCCGAAAAAUCUCAUCCUUUGGAAAAAGAUUAUCCUGUUCCUUCUCAGCCAUAUGGUGGGAAGGUGACGCCUUCUUUUCCAAUUGAAGAUGCUGUGGUUGCAAAUGCUGCAAUUGAGAGAAAUCUUCCUUCUUUGCCCUCCAAAAAUGAGGGAAAGCACCAGGAUCCUGCUAAAAUAUCUUCAUCCUUUGGUGAUAUAAAACCAGUGCAUCUUCCUAAAUCCAGGAAGAAUGAUGAAUGUCCCAUAUCUAGUGCUGCAGCAGGUCCUGAUUAUGCGAAUUCUGCAUCCAAGCCAAAUGAGUUGAGCAAUCUUGAACCGUCUCUGCCUCCUCCGAGGGUUUAUUACUCAGAAAUAAUACCGCGGGAGCAGGCAGAUUUGCUAUCCAGGUUUUCAAAGUCUGAUGACUCGCUUGGUUCUCAAUUUUUGGUUUCGCAUACGAAUUCUGAUGUUGUCCAGCAGGUUUCGGUUAUAGAUUCUGCUAGGGAUAUACACACCAAUAAUUUAACUGCCUUUACUGGCGAUGGAGUGUCUACUGCUAAACCAUCAUUUGUAGAACCUCAUACUAUGGACAAUGGACUUGUUAAACUUCAAAGAUACAAAGAAUUUGCGGACCCAAUUUCUCAGAUGGAUUCAAAACUUUCUGACUCUGAAGGUGUGUCAAAGGAUGUGCUCAACCAAGCAGCUCUGAAGGUUGUUGAUGGUAAAGAUUCUGCAACCACUAAUAGGACUCUUAAGUCAGACCAUAAUAAUACAACUUGCGCAACAAAUAACCAUAAGCAUGAAGCAGGAGAGCCUGAAUCUUAUAAUCCUGUUUUUGGACAAGUUACUUCUGUCGUAUGCCAUGAUGAUCCUGCAUCCUCACAAUUUGAUUGGGGUGAGACAACAGCUAAGAUUACUACUGGUAAUGACUAUUUGGGUUCUCGUCUGCCUUUUUCUUUGAUGGAGCACUCAGUUAAUGAUAUCUCUAAAGGAUUCCCUGCUGAUGUUUCAGCAACCGAGCAAGGAGACAUCCUUAUUGAUAUUGAGGACCGAUUCCCUCGUGAUGUCCUCUUUGAUAUAUUCUCAAAAGCAAUUUCAGAUGGCUCUUCUGAUGUAAAUCCACUCCCUAAUGAUGGAGCUGGCUUGAGUUUGAAUGUGGAAAAUCAUGAGCCUAAGCAUUGGUCUUACUUCCGCAAUUUGGCACAAGAUGGAAUUCCUGCGAGUCAUGUUGACUCACCAGUUAGUUUUGGUGAAGACUAUCAGAAAAACCUUCCGGAAAAUGUUGGCACCAACUCUGCUGUUCCAAUUUCAGAAUUUGAUCAUCCUCAAUUAGAGGUCCAUGACAGUACACAGUUUGAAGCUAUGAUUGAAAACUUGAAGACACUGGAUUCAGAGUAUGAGGAUGGCAAAAAAGGAACUAAGAAUAUGGGUCUACAACCUUUGGGUCCUUCUGUCGAAGAGUUUGAUAUAGACACAUUGCAGGUGAUUCAAAAUGAAGAUCUUGAAGAACUGAAGGAGCUGGGUUCUGGAAGUUUUGGGACCGUUUAUCAUGGAAAAUGGAGGGGGACUGAUGUGGCCAUUAAGAGAAUAAAGAAGAUCUGCUUCACUGGUCGAUCAUCAGAGCAGGAGAGAUUGGCAAUAGAGUUUUGGCGAGAGGCUGACAUCCUUUCAAAGCUUCACCAUCCAAAUGUGGUUGCAUUUUAUGGCGUUGUGCAAGAUGGACCUGGUGGUACAUUAGCGACUGUGGCAGAGUACAUGGUUGAUGGUUCUCUUAGACAUGUUUUGCUUCGCAAGGAUAGGUAUCUAGAUCGUCGCAAGAGGCUUCUGAUUGCUAUGGAUGCAGCAUUUGGGAUGGAAUAUUUGCAUUCAAAGAAUAUUGUGCAUUUUGAUUUGAAAUGUGACAACUUACUUGUGAACUUGAAAGAUCCCUUGCGACCGAUUUGCAAGGUUGGUGAUUUUGGCCUGUCAAAAAUCAAGCGAAAUACCUUGGUUUCUGGGGGUGUACGGGGAACACUACCAUGGAUGGCACCGGAACUGCUAAAUGGAAGCAGCAAUAAAGUCUCAGAAAAGGUAGACGUCUUCUCCUUUGGUAUUGUCUUAUGGGAGAUUCUCACCGGUGAAGAGCCAUACUCCAACAUGCACUAUGGUGCAAUCAUUGGGGGGAUUGUAAAUAACACAUUGAGGCCAACCAUUCCCAGCUUUUGCGACCCUGAAUGGAGAAGGUUGAUGGAGCAGUGCUGGACACCUAAUCCUGUGGCCAGGCCAUCCUUCACGGAAAUUGCCGGUCACUUACGUGAAAUGUCAAGAGCAGCUAGCCAAAGCAAAACACAUGGUAACAAGGCACCCAAAUGAGGGUCCGAACGAACGUUCUACUUUUGUUCGACGACGUUCCUCGUGCAUGUAAUGUGAUUCAUUCGAUGGUUCAGUAGUCUUAUAAGAGAGAACUGGCUUCCAUUAAUGUUUUUGAAAUGGAAGAGGUUCUCUCAAGUCUAUUUCUGAUCAUUUUGUUUUUGAAACAGAAGCUGAAAUGUUUUGAUAUUGCCUUUCACUAUACUAUUGAGUGAUGAUUUAAAGACAAUUUCGAGUUU